UUUGAUCGUCAGUUUCUUUGUACGUCGAGCUGAGAUUGAGUCGCCAUUGAAGACGUGGACUAACUUUCGAAGAGCAAUUGUGCAAUAAAAAAUGGGUUCUUCGAGACACAGUGAUCGUUCCAGAGACCGAGAUCGAGAUCGGGAUCGAGACAGAGAUCGUGAUCGUGACCGCGAUCGAGACAAGAGAAGACGUAGCAGGGAUAGAGACCGUGACAGACACCGGGAUAGGGAUCGCGAGCGCGAUCGUGAUAGGCGUCGAAGUCGAAGCAGAGAGAGGAGCCGCGAUCGGAAAAGGGAAAAAACUCCCCCGGAACCAGAUGGCGAAAAGCUUAUCCAAGAUACUUUGGCUUCUCUUGCUGCCUCGAGAAAUUUCGCUAAUCUAAUUCAACAGGCCCAAGGAGAAAACUCAAACCACUCCACGGGAAGCCAAGACUCCGAUGCCUCGGAUAGAAAAAGGAAAAGGCGUUCACGGUGGGGCGGGAGCGAGCAUGAAAAAAUUUUCAUACCCGGUAUGCCGACCAUAUUGCCUCCAAACUUGAACAAGGAUCAGGAGCAAGCCUAUUUGCUUCAGCUACAGAUUGAAGAAGUGAGCCGCAAGCUGCGCUCCGGCGACCUCGGAAUACCAGCCAAUCCGGAGGAAAGGUCCCCAUCUCCGGAGCCCAUUUACAGCAGCGAUGGCAAACGGCUGAACACCAGGGAGUUCCGAACCAGGAAACGUCUCGAAGAGGAGCGCCACUCGUUGGUCCUGAAAAUGCAGCAGAUCAACCCGGAAUUCAAGCCGCCGAUGGACUACAAGUACUUGGGAAAGCGUGGUGGGGGCAGUGUUGUAAUUUGUGUUUUCGCGUGUUGCAGGCCUCCGGUGAUUCGGGUCAGCGACAAGGUGAUGAUCCCGCAAGAGGAACAUCCGGAGAUUAAUUUCGUGGGGCUUCUUAUCGGCCCCAGGGGUAACACGUUGAAGACAAUGGAGAAGGAGACUGGGGCGAAGAUCAUCAUCCGGGGAAAGGGUAGCGUUAAGGAGGGCAAGGUGGGGAGGAAGGACGGGCAACCGUUGCCCGGAGAGGACGAGCCUCUUCACGCUUACAUAACGGCCACCAAUCCCGAAUGCGUCAAAAAGGCCGUCGAGAGGAUAAAGGAAGUGAUCAGGCAGGGCGUGGAAGUGCCCGAGAACCAGAACGAUCUGCGCAGGAUGCAGCUGCGCGAACUCGCGCAGCUCAACGGCACGUUGAGAGAGAACGACGGCCUGCGGUGCAACAACUGCGGCGCGAUCGAUCACAAGUCGUGGCUGUGUCCCGAUAAGCCGAACGUGACGAACAAUAUAGUAUGCUCGAGCUGCGGCGCCGCCGGCCACAUCGCCAAGGAUUGCCGGUCCAAGCGUCCGGGCUUGGGCGGCCCGCCCAUCCCCGGCGACAGGGCGAAGAUCGAUGAAGAGUACAUGUCAUUGAUGGCGGAGCUGGGUGAAGCCCCGCCCCCCGACUUGAGCAGCCAGCCCGAGCACCAGCCGAAAAAAACGUCGAGCUUCAACGUUUUCCAGUCGCAAAUGGCGCCGCGGCCUCUGAUGCCGCCCCCGGGCAUGCCAGGCGUGAUGCCGCCGCCCGGCAUGCCACCGAUGAACGGGAUGCCGCCGCCGUGGCCCGCUUGGCCCACGAGCCCGGGCAUAAUGCCGCCGCCGCCUCCGCCCGGCGCCGAAGCACCCCCGCCUCAAAUGAUGACGCCGUGGAUGAGUGCGGCGGCCAACCAACCGCCGCCGCCCGGCGCCACUCCCACCACAACGACGGGCGCGAGUGUGCCGCCCCCGUGGAACGCGGGGGCGCCGCCGCCCUUUAUGUGGCCCCCGAACAGUUGUCCGCCCCCGCCGCCGCCCGGUAUCGACGUCACCAGUUUAUUGACAGCACCGCCACCCCCGCCCCCGUCUUAAUGAGGAGCGGAUCGGCUCCGGUAACGAUGGUUCUCCAUUUUUUUUUACCUUGAGUGAAACGAAUGUAAGGUUAUGUAUCGGCGGCUGAGAACGAGCGAGGGAGGAUAUGGGGCGGAAUGAAAAUAUUCAUUAUAUUCAUAUUUAUUGUAGUGUCACCUCUUGAAUCUAAUAAUAAAUAAUGAUAAUGUAAUGUCCACCACA